CGUUGCAAAAUCAGAAACAGCUGUGGGACGGAUUUGGCACUCAGUGAAUCGCAUGUUCUGAUAUUUUGCUGUAUAAAUGUGUCCUAGUUCAGAAAUUAGUGCCGUGAAUGAUGCUGCUGUGAUUGCAUGGUCACCCCGGAGGUUGUUAGGUACUUGCUGUGGAUCGUGUGAAGUGUAUAGUGUCCUGGUGUAACAAAAACAACAUGAACAACGGCCUAAACACGGUGAACAACCAGUGACAAGACGAAAACAAAGCGGGGAGCAUGUGGACUAAAUUAUCUGUUUAAUUUUUGGCCAAAUCAUUUGUGUAUUUAGUCCUCCCAGCCAACCAGCACCGCUGAAAUUGGCAAAUCAUCUUUGUUCUUAAAAGAUUUAAAAUGGAUUCAAAUUCUGUUCAAACUAGUGGCCUGAUUGAGAAUGCCAACAAUUUGUUGCAAGGUGUAGCAGACAGCUUUGGGGGUGUGAAGGUCACGCUAGCAGCAGAGCAGUGGAGCUCAGUGGAGGACUUUGGCAAAAGAUUAGAAGACUCCGUGGAAUAUUGGAAGUCCCUGUGUAAGAGAGGCAUCUGGUUGAAGAUAUCUCUUCAGGAGACUGAACUUAUUCCUGAAGCUGUCAAGCACAAGUUUGUCUUCCACCAUGCGCAGCCAUCGUACGUCAUGAUGAUAAGAUGGUUGCCUAGCGACGAGCCCAAUCAGCUUCCAGGCUAUUCCCACACUUACAUAGGGGUUGGAGGUUUUGUGACCAAUGACAACAACCAGCUGCUGGUCAUCAAGGAGAAGUACAAUCACGGCAAGAAGCCUAUGUGGAAGCUACCCGGAGGACAUUCAGACCUUGGGGAGGAGCUUGCUGAAACGGCCAAGAGGGAGGUUCUUGAGGAGACGGGCAUCAAGGCCGAGUUUGUUUCUAUCCUGAGUUUCCGCCACCAGCACAAGUACCGGUUCGGCCUCUCCGAUAUUUACUUUGUCUGUCACAUGAAAGCACUGACCACUGAGAUCACUGCUUGCCCUCAAGAGAUAGAGGAAUGUAAAUGGAUGGAUUUGGAUGAAUAUUUAGUCAACCCAGAAGUGUCCGACUUCAACCAGAAGAUUGCUCGCUGCUUCGUUCAGUACCGUGAUGGCGAUCCCAAGCCCAGUAUCCAGCCUGAUCCAGUCUGGUCAUCAUUCCAGAAUGUAUACCAGCUACUCUACUCCAUUCACACCGAGGGAUCGAAACCAGACUAGCAAGGGAGCGUCCUCGAGUGGAACCAAAGUAGGGUCCGCCCAUAGUGAGAAUCUUUCAAGAAGCCAUUUUAAAAGUUUAAAAAUGGUUUUUGGUAAUGUCAUGUGCAGUGAAUCCUGGUGUUGUUGCAAUGCAUUUUUUCUAUCUCAGGAUCAUUGUAAAGCAAAGCCACUGAAUUUACAAGUACCUCGGACCAGAAUCCUACCUUUUUGUGCGCUAGGAAAUUGUGCUUUUCUGAUCACCUGAUUUGCUGGAAGAGUGACAACUGUCAAAAAUGUCUGAGCUUAUCUUGGCUUUAAAACCAAAAAGUGCAGUUCAAAUGAACAUCAAUUCACACUUCUUCACAGUAUGUACUUGUUUGAUAAGCGGGCAAAACACUUCAAACAUUAGUUUAUAAAUACAGUAGUGAAAAUGGACUUUGUUGACUUGAUGGGAAUGAUUACACAUUGAGCAUCUUUAAGAAAAUCCAAACAAGACAUCUGCAAAAGCAACAAAUCAGUAAGGCACUGUUGGAAAGAGGCACAAACGUCCCAUCUGUAUUAAACAGGUUUUGGAUGGUUUAGACCGUUGAAAAUCAGCAGGGCAGUGUUAGGGAUGAGUCCAUCACAAGUGUCUUUCACAAGUCCUUUCAGGAGACCAGUCAUAUACAUGUACCCAUGUACAAGGUAAAAUAGUGACAAAGGACGUGUUUCUGUCAGCAGUUAAAUGCUGAAUUUUUUACGAGGGGGGCUGGGUCACUUCACUGUUGACAGUCAAAGAGAUGCAGUGAGAGAAACGUUGCUCCUGCCAAUGUUUUGGAAACAUCAUCAGCAUUGUAUUCAACUUCAGAAGUCCCCUGCACAUUGCAAUGCAAUGUACGUAUUAGUCUUUGAAAGUGUCGGUGCUCAGGAGUACAACACCAGAGGUGAAUCCAAUCAGGUAUCUACAUGUAGGCCGCCACUGGCCAGACCUGCACAGAAAGACUUCAGCUGUAUGAAUUACCUGACCGUACCUUGAAGGUAGCAUGGACCAUUUGUGCAUUUGGGGGGGGGGUUGGAAGGCACAAAACUGCACAAAUUUACCUCAGUGCUUAUUUCUACCUAUUAAACCAACCUGAUGAAGUUUUAGUUUUGUGAAAACCUCACGAUUCAAGAAACAAGCAGUAUUUCUAGGUCUUGUGACUCAGUUCAAAACUUGCCAUGUCUGACUUUUCACCUUUUAUCCUUAACCAUACGGUAAUUGUAACGUCAGGUGGAAUAACUACGUACAAGGGAGUUUAGCACGUUACUAUGUUAAAACCAAGUACAUGUACAGUUGUUAAUGAUGUUACCAAUAGCUACAAAUGGUCCAUUCCACCUUUUAAGCUGACACAAUGUGGGUUGCAGUUACUGGGACAGAUCUGUGCAGAGUUGCAAAGUGGGAAAAAUGAGUGACAGAGACUUUUAUGUGAAUUUAGAAAAUGGAGGAAAAAUGAUAUGUACAGACAUCAGUGUUGUGAAAUUGCUAUCUUUCGAGAUGUGUAUGUAAAUAUUACACAAACAGAUACAUGUAUAUGAAUAUGCAUAUGUGCACGUAAAUAAAUAUAUGUGUACAUGAAUAUGUACCUACAGUACAAUUUACCAUGUGUGCAUAGUCUGUUCAACCUUCAAAUUGUUGGAGGAUUCAGGGCCGCCAGGGUUUGUACUGUGAUUGCAAGUGUGACAGUCUUGCCAUAAAUUCUUCUGUGGAUCAGAAAAUGUGUGUAAAAUGAUUUUAAUUAAUACAUGUAGGGGUUAAUUCACAAUACAGUGUGGGGAAUGGAAUUGGUCAACCAUUUCCCACAAUGCACUUUGAAAAAUGGCCUUUCUACAGCACCCUUUUGGUGGCCCAAAUCACCUGUAUUUCUUAAACCUGAUAGUAUGUUUUUUAAGGCUCUGAUCUGUUACAACCAAUAUGUUAGUAUUACUGCAAUCAAAAGCAUUGUGGAUACCUUCUGGAUGACAUAAAGCCAUGGAAACUAAAUGAGAACCCAUUUAUCCAAUCAGUGCAGUUACAGGGUUUCUUGAUGGCUGGACAGUGGGUGCUCCCAUUUGGGACUGUAAGUGUACAGUAGUUUUAUUACAUCUCAGCCACUGAGGAGACAAAAUGUGGUUUGUUGAAAGGCUAGGUCACUGGAAAGCACAUUCUUUGCAUACAUUGUGCACAUGUACAAUUUCCGCAGUUCAUGCUGUGCAGGGAUUCAAUGCCUUUACACUGUAGACCUAUAUAUCCAUGCAUAUUAUCAGACCAAUAAUCAUUGUGUCAGUGUUGAUUUGUAUGACUGUCAGAAAGAUACUAUUGUGUGGGAACUUUCAGUUCAGUCAUCUAUAAGGAACAGGUCAUGUCAGAGGUCAAAGUUGAUCACCACAGGGAGUGUAUUCAGAGGAAAUGCAACUUUCCAUUCGGAAAAAUGGUUUAAAGAGCAUUUUUAGAAUUAUAGAUUCAAUUUAUGCAGAUACAUGUAUUUACAAUUGAGUGUAUGCAUGCACAGAUCAGUAUCUACCUCAUGUACAAAACAUAAUUUCACUGUAUAGAUUGUACAAGUGAUUUUUAAAUGAUUUUCUAACAGUUUCUGCAUGUUUACAUUUGUACAUGUAUGACAAAAGUUACAGUCCCUUUAAAGUUGGUUUUUCCUGAAAAUUAUUGUAGAACUUGUCUAAAGGUUUCUGUGUAUCUUGUUACCAACCAACAUCACCAACUUUAAUGCUGAUUUCAGAAUAAAUCUUCAUUGUUUUGAUGGCACCUUGAAAGGUAGGCUGGACCAUCUUGCCUCUUGUUUAGUUUUUAUGGGAGGUGCAGAAUUGCUGAAAAUUUAAGACACCUGCAUAUUACCACUGACCCAUUGAAAUUUUAGCUGUUGAUUUUAUGAAUCUAACACAGUUUGAGGGUGGAUAGUUGAUUUUACCUCCCAGGAAUAUUGAAUUCAACUAGUUUUGGAACUACACGGUAGCUUUUCAACCAGUGCCAUUGCUGUCUUUCAAACAAGUGUGAUUUGUAAGGAUAAUUUGGUCACCUUUGGUUUUUAGAUACCUGCAGUGGUCUGCUCUACCUUUUACAAAAAUCAUUAAAUUCAUUGUCAAAAUCUUUAUUAUUUAUUCAUCUUUUAUAAAUUCGAUUAAAACGUCAAGUUUGUGUUUUGUGUGUAAUUUUUAAAAUAAACACAGCGAGGGGAUUAAAUUUACUGUAUUUUGA